AUACCGGUCCGAGAACAGAGUCCGAGUUCACUAAUUUUGAACUUAUAUUAAGUCGAAAUUUUUGCGGGUUUUUUCUUUCCCUCUUUUUGUUCUUGUCUCUCUAGGGUUUUCUGCAAUUUUUCUUUUUCUUCGUAAUUUAACAAAACAUGAGGAAGAAACUCGACACUCGUUUCCCAGCCGCUCGAAUAAAGAAGAUUAUGCAAGCUGAUGAAGAUGUUGGAAAAAUUGCUAUGGCUGUCCCUGUGCUUGUUUCUAAAGCAUUGGAGUUAUUUCUACAAGAUUUAUGUGACCGAACAUAUGAAAUAACUUUGAUGAGGGGUGCCAAGACAAUGAAUUCUUUGCAUCUAAAGCAAUGUGUACGGGCCUUUAAUGUUUUUGAUUUUCUCGGAGAAAUUGUUGGCAAGGUUCCUGACCUGGGUGGAUCAGAUACUGCUGGCAAUGAUCAUUCUGUUGCCAAAAGAAGGAAAGUGGUUGACAAUGAUGACAAUGCUAGUGGUGAUGAGUCAAAGAGGAGAAGAAUACAUGAGACCAGCCGUAUUUCUAGCUGUGGCAGAGGACGGGGUAGGGGUAGGGGCAGAGGUAGAGGUCGUGGAAGAAGUAGCAGAGCAGCAGAGAGAGAGACAGCUGCACAUUGUGAAAAGUUUGAAGAUGAUCCAGACAUUUCUCAUUGUCAAGAGAAGCAUACUUUAAGCAUUCAAAGGCUUGAUGAUCGGGAAGAGCCUGAUGAAUUGAAGAAAAAUAAUUCAGCUGGCAAGAACGUUGAAGCCCCAGUUGGAAGCUUUGACCUCAAUGUCGACUUGAACGAGAAUAGGGACUCAACCAUAUCCGUUGUUCCUGCUAGUCCAACAACAGACAGCUUACCUGAAAAGCAGGAGGAAUACCCUGGUUGGUCACUCUCUGAAAUUGAGAAGAUGGCUAUUGAUCCUAUUGAACUUGCUAAUUUAAACAGGGGGAUAGAUGAGGAAGACUAUGAUGAAGAAGGAUAAGCAAUUGAAUCUCUGCUUUCAUGUGCGGAGAGGGCUGAAUCCAGCUUCCAGAAUAGCAAGAAGUGGGAGAGUUCUUAGUCUGAAUUAAGCCCAAGAGAUGUUCAGGUUGCAGAGUAUGGGAGAACAUCAUGCGAGAGGUGCAAAGGAUGAUAAAGCAACUCCAUCCAAUAGGUGCAAAUUUUGCAUAAAGACUGUGGAAACCCGAUUGAAGGUCCUGGAAAAUUGACCUUGAACAUCCCGGAAGGUAGUCAUGGAGAUUAUCUUCACAUAGAAGGGAAUUCUCCACCAUGGAGAUGAAGCCUUUAUUGAUUAUGAAGGUGGAGAGGUAAACCAUUCCUUGUCUUGUCAGGAAAUUAAUGAAGAUAUAAUAUUUGACCAAGUGUUUGAUUAGUCCACAAAGAACAAGUUUAGUUAUGGUUUGUCUAUUUAUUUAAACAUGAUGGGAUAUUUCUUGCGUUGGAA